GUUUUCUCUUCUAAAUAUUGCGCCUAAAUACUGCUGCUGGGGGUUUCUAGCCUAUUAGCUAGUCUGACAGUAGCCUGUCAUUCAGUACGAUUUUGUUAGGCGACGUCUUCAAAUAGUUAGAGCGUUAUAAAAUGCAGCGUGAGGUAUCUACUUCGACCAUUGGUCGAGAUGAAGCUCGUAAGCCUUUAAUGAAGGCGUAUAUGUUUCAAAGACGUAUCUUGUUUUCAUGUAGUUGUUUAAUGGUUGUAUCUUUAAUAUUGUGGAUAAUAGCAAUUUCAACAGAUCACUGGAUUAUCAUAACCGGUGGUAAACAGGGAAUUUUUAUACCAGAAACGAGGCGAUUCUUCGUAUCCUCUCAUUCAGGACUUUGGAGAUUUUGUCGAAAUACAAUAACUCCAACCGCUUUGCCGAAUGCCAAUGUUGUGCGCAACAUUACUUCGAUAGCAUUUCAGAAUCCCAGUGUUAUAAGUGAAGCGAAAAAUAAUUGUUCCCACUUGGGUUUCAUUAAAGAUUUUAGAAAUGAAAUUGUCGAUACUCCAUUGGUUAAUUUUUCGGAAGCGGCAAAGAGGCGUAUGUUUGCACAUUGGGUGCUAAAAGAUGAAAUGGAAUUUCAGACAUUUAAGAAAGCAUUUCAGGAGUUAGAGCUGUCUACGCCGGAAGCUAAAAAUGAUAUUGAUCCAAUAGAUGCCGAGCCAAUAGCAAUUGAUCCUUUAAAUGUGCGCCAUAUAGAGGGAAAUAAAAUAUUUGGAAAAGCUUUGCAAAAAGUCGUGAUCAAUGGAACCACCUAUAACUUUGUAAUUCCGGAAAUGGCCCAGGCCGCCAUAUUCGAGGGAUGGAGUGAUAAACGUUACGUGCCACGUUUACUUUGGCCAUAUGCCAGAGACUUGGGAGUGCCCGCAUUUGUGUUAAACGAUAAUAGAGUAAUUUUGCAACUGAUGCCUCCGUAUCCUCCUAAAAAGGGGAAAAUAGCCAGUGGCUAUGAAUAUACAUACCUAAGUCGUUGCAAAUAUAUUGACAUGUUCCCUAACGCCAAUGAAUUGCGCAUGGAUCCUGGAUUCGAUUGGACUUUAAUGGAUUAUAUACGCUCUCAAGCUUCCUUCGCAUGUAUUACGGUAUUUGUAAUGUGUUUGGGAUCGGUGUUUUCGUUUUAUACGUUUAAAAAUCCACGUUACAUGUUCAAACGCUUAGCGGGUGGUAUCGAUUUAGUUGCAGCAUCUACUGUCCUCGUAGUUUUGCAAGUUUUAUUUGCGUCGGUUGAUUACACAAAAGAACAUUUGUUUUAUGCCUAUCCAGAUGGAGCCGAAUUAACGUAUGGUGUUGGCGUUUAUUUGGCUUGGUUUACAUUUGCCGUCAAUCUCUGCUGUGGUCUUUUGUUUAUGUGGUACUCGGGUAAAAAGAAGGGCUCCAAAGCACCCACCGAUGAAAUUGCCAUGGCUGAUGAACCCACUAUUAUGGGCCGAUGAAUAUAUACAUAAAUAUUAUGAAAGAAUAAUUUUGUCCCAAACAAAAAGCACAGUUCCUCCAUGGCUGUUUCAGCAUUUUAUGGUUUCUCUUAUAAGUUUUUGUUGUAAUUUUUCGAUGUUGGGUUGAACAAGGACAUAGGCUUACUGCUUAUACUGCCUUUCUUUUGUAAUACAUACUAUAUUAAUUUUUUAAGACAAAUUGCGUUUUUAUACAAAUAUUUAAAUAUAAAUUCAAACAUAUGUAUGUACAUAUAUAUGUGGAUAUGUACGUACAUACGAGUAUUGCAAUAUU